AAGCACUGUAAUUUUCAAAGAGUGGAUCAUGUUUAGCAUGAUUCGUUUCCCUCUUAACCAAUUCACCCAAUUCACUUUCCUUUACUUCACUUUCAUGGAACAUUCCACCAAGGAUCAAGUUUCAUAAUGACAAAGCAGGUUCCUGACGGCAGUCGUACUCAUUGUGAAGGUUUCUGUGAUUGUUGUGUGUUGUUAAGGGGUGUGUGCUCGAACCGCUGGUCCUCUGAGGAGAGGUUAGAUGGGAAAACAGUCAUCAUCACCGGAGCCAACACUGGUAUUGGAAAAGAAACGGCCAGGGACCUGGCAAGAAGAGGCGCACGCAUCGUCAUGGCUUGCAGAGACCUGGAGAGGGCCGAGGAAGCCCGAACGGACAUUUUGGAAGACACAGGAAAUGAGAACGUGGUCAUCAGGAAACUGGAUCUCUCGGACACGAAAUCCAUCAGAGUGUUUGCUGAGCUCAUCAACAAAGAGGAGAAACAAGUGAAUAUCCUGGUAAACAACGCGGGCGUCAUGAUGUGUCCCUACUCCAAGACCGUUGACGGGUUCGAAAUGCAGUUAGGCGUCAAUCACUUGGGGCAUCUCCUAUUGACUUACCUGCUGCUGGACCUCAUCAAGCGCUCUGCUCCUGCCCGUAUUGUCGUCGUGGCAUCGGUGGCUCACACUUGGACCGGAAUUCGACUGGAUGACAUCAACAGUGAGAGGAGUUACGACACCAUGAAGGCCUAUGGGCAGAGCAAACUGGCCAACGUCCUCUUUGCACGCUCACUUGCCAAACUAUUGCAAGGUACGGGGGUGAGUGUGUUCUCUCUGCACCCGGGGGUGGUGCAAUCUGACCUGUGGAGACAUCAGCACCAAUGCAUCCAGGUGGCAGUGAAGAUCUUCAGGGUUUUUACCAAGACAACACUGGAGGGAGCACAGACCACCAUCUACUGCGCUGUGGAGCCAGGCCUGGACAGCCAGAGCGGGGGGUACUUCAGUGACUGCGCUCCUGCUAGGUGCUCAAGGGCGGCUUCGGAUGAAGAUUUGGCCCAAAAGCUGUGGGAGAUCAGCUGCAACAUGCUUGGCAUCACCUGGCAGUGAACAGUGUUGAAUGAGCUGUGCAGUGAAAUAACAUUGUAUGAUGUGUUAGAGAGCACUUUCACACACUUGUACAUAGGCAUUCAUGUUACUGUUACUGAUGUGCUCUUUAUAAAUCAAAGUACCGACAGGUCAAAACGUUUAGGCUCUUUUAUUUUGUAUAAAUAUCAAAAUUACAUUUUUUGUCAAAUUGUGUUUUUCAAGCAAGGUUGCAUGACAAAACUGUCUAUCUACUAUACUUUACUGACCCAAGUGGGCAUUCUUUAUUGAGACCGUUUUUUAAUCUUGAGUGCAGUUGCGCUUCUGUCUUGUUGUUGUAAAUGUUAAAAGCGAUCCGCCAGCAUGGUCUAAACGUGUUUUCAUUGGACAGCCCUCUAUCACCUGCAACUUCAAAUGCAAGCUGAAGAAUGGAAAAAAAUUUGUCAAGAAACGGCCUGUAUGUAAAAAUUAAACUAGACCGGUGGACAUAUUGCAAA